UAAACAUUUCUACCGUAAAGCAGGUACGGCGGUGUCGUAAAGAAUCCAACAUGGCGACUGCAAUGAUAGGACGUGGUUUUAUUGGGAGUAUGUGUGGGCUGUUACAAACGCGAUUACAGGUUCUGGGCGGUGGGCCUCUGCAGCUCUCAUGUCUCCACACCAGCAGCUCGCUAGAAUCAAAGAGCUGGGAGAGGAGGAACCUGAAAGUGUAUCCGCCUCAGCUGCCAGAUGAACCUCGCAGACCAGCAGAGAUCCACCACAGCAGGAGGCAGAUUAAAUACAGCAAAGAUAAGCUGUGGUACCUGGCUAAAAUGAUCCGAGGGAUGAGCAUCGAUGAGGCCAUCGCACAGCUGGAGUUCAACGACAAGAAAGGAGCAAAAAUCAUGAAAGAGGUCCUUCUAGAAGCUCAAGAGAUGGCGGUCAAGAAUCACAAUGUAGAAUACAAAUCCAACCUGUAUGUAGCCGAGUCCUACUCCGGUAAGGGGAAGUACCUGAAGCGGAUCCGGUACCACGGCAGGGGGAUGUUCGGCAUCAUGGACAAAGUCUACUGCCACUAUUUCGUCAAACUGGUGGAGGGUUCGCCGCCCAGGAAGGAGGAGAGCACCAGCUUGGACCAGGCCAAAGAGUACGUCCAGAGCCUGAAGAGCAGAACCAUCAUCCACAGCCUGUAGCUUCAGUCGUUUAAUGUGUGUAAAUCAUUUGAUGUUUGUAAAUAAAUACACGAGUGAA